AAAUCAUUUGCCCAUCUUUCGAUUCUUCAAUACAAAUUUGAGGCCUCAUUCAAGUUUUUUGUGAUUCGAGUUGGUGUUCUAGCUAAUGUCACUUCUAUAGUUAAAAAUUGUGCUUCCAGGAACUUAAUCUUUUGCCAGACACAUCGGGGUUCAGUUAUUGUGCAUUCCUAUUUGACUGCAAGGAUGGUAUAUUUCCAUUGAGUGCCACAGCUUACACACAAUUAGUGUUGUACAACUGGAAUUGGUUAUUCAGUAUGACUAUCAACAUGUGACUAACAGGAAUGAUGAGUACAACCAUAGGAUUGAUGUUUCAUAGAACAAAGGCAGAUUUGUAGUUUUCUGCAUUUAUCAAUUUUUACUAUACAUUGCGCGGUUUAUUUGAAUAUUCUUCGUACAGAGAAAGUUAGACUGUUAUCGUCAUCGAUCUUAAACGUGUUAUUUCACAGCAGCUGUUAAUGAAGAUCUGGGCGAAUUUACAAGAAUAUAUACAACCCAGAAAAGGAAAGUAAGGUAUUGCCUCGGCCUACGAACUAGCGACAGCUUUCAGUUGUAUCUGUCUGAUUUGUGUACCCAUGAGAAUGUUCUAGUGAAGCAUCUGCCGUAGCUCUUUAGUCAGCUUUAGCUACCUUGAUAUUAACAAAUUGGACAUUCACUGCCCCACAUCCGCCAGAGCAGGAGGCGAAUACCAAACCAACUACUCUAUCAUGCGGAACGAGGUUCUCGGCCGUAGCGCGAGCUUCAGUGAAGGAAAUCCUCCGGAAAUGGCUGCGCAAGUUCAGUGUACAUCAUCCAGUUCUUCUUCUCCAACCGAGGCGCCCACUGCUGAAGUUAUUCCGUCUAUUCAGGUACGUAGGAUAUUAAUUAAACCUUUCGUGGCUCUGGAAAGUAAGUCAAUAGACCAAUAACUCCUUGGACAAACGGAAGAGAAAAAGAAUGAUUCAAGAUUCACUUGUCGUGGAAUUCUCCGGCAAAUUAAUCGAAAAUGAAAGGUGUGGAACUGUUGGACAAAAGUACCCUGUCUCCAUCAAGAUAUGGAGCUCUCCAGGAGAGCAGUCAUCCCCCUACAAAUUUGAACCAGGAACAUGCUUGCCUUCUGUCACAGUUCGUGGUCCUUUACGUGAAGCUUCUCGUUCUUUUGAAGACGACACGCAUGGCUCUGAAAAUUCUUAUUGCUCCCACCAGUCCGAGAAUACAGGUCGCAAGGCUUCUGAAAGCAUGAACUUCAUAUCCUGUCCUUUGCAUCAUUUGACGACUAACAACAGCAACGGUGGAAGUAUACGCCUGCGUCCCACUGUUACAAAAAAACAGUUGAAUAAGCCGAUCUUUAAAAUAACCUUUACUGUACGACAGCUGGAUUGUUAUCUCUUGGAAACAAUUCUCUCAUUUCCUCAAGCCGGCAAGUUUGAAAUUGAUAUCAUUUUGCCCAACAGCACCGUCAUUGGUAGCCCUUUAAAGGUUGAUAUUUUUCCCAGUGGAAUUCGAAAAAAGUCUUGUGGAGAUCAGUUACGAAGCUCGUCGGCCACAGAUACGGUACUUAAAGAUGCUGCUGCUGAAGACGACAGCCUCAUUAGCCGAAUCGGCUGCCGCGGACGAGCCAAAGGACAGUUCAUUAACCCCCAAGAUAUCAGCACAGCGGUUUCGGGAAGAAUUUUAGCUACAGACUCUAACAACCAAUGCGUCCAGAUUUUCAAAGCAAAAAGAACUCAAAAUGAAAUACAAUUUUCCAGCUUUGGAAGUUUACCGAUCGUACGCGGACGGCUUCUGGGUCAGCUGCAGCGACCAACAGGUAUUGCUUUCCUGCCAGAAGGUGACCAGUUUAUCGUUGCUGAUUACGAAAACCGUUGGGUCUCACUUUUUGAAGCCAGAGGAAAAUUUUUAUCUCGCUUUGGAAUGGGCAAACUACAAGGUCCUAAAGGUUUAGCCAUUGACGGAAAAGGCCAUAUUUAUGUGGUCGACAACAAGGCAUCAUCAAUUUGUGUUUUUCUUACCAACGGACGUUUCGUCGGACGGUUUGGGUCACGCGGAGUUGGUGAGGAUCAUUUAGCUGGUCCUCACUUUAUUGGAAUCAAUAGUUUUGGCCAUGCCAUCAUCUCAGAUUUUCAUAACCACGCAGUUAAGGUGUUUGAUUCUACCGGCCAAUUUUUAUACAGCUUUGGAUGCAAUGGCGAAGACGAAGGUCAAUUUAAUGCUCCGACGGGAAUCGCUAUAGAUCCGUAUGACAACAUUUUAGUAGCAGACUGGGGAAAUUCUCGUGUACAGGUGUUUGACCGACAAGGAACAUUUUUGCAGUUUAUCGAUAGUUCCUCCGAUCCCCUCUAUGGCCCUCAGGGACUGAGUCUAUGUGAUGGAAUUUUGUAUGUCGCAGAUUCAGGAAAUCACUGCAUUAAAGUUUACAAAUAUGAUAACUUUGUUACAAAUGUGACUCAAGUCGAAUAAAGGAUUCCCUUCUAGAAAUAAAAAAAAA